AUGUACAGAGGCGGUCGUGGUGGAGGCGGCGGUGGCGGAUAUAACGGUGGCAGCAACUGGCGGGGUCGAGGCCGCGGCAAUUACUCGUGGUCCAGCAACCAAGGUGGUGGCCGUGGAGGUGGGCGCGGAGGCGGACUCGGACAUGGUGGAGGCGGUCACCAGAAUCAUGGGGAGUUCAACGCGGCUCAAUGGGUGUUGCCGGAAAUGACGCAGAACCCCUGGGCCCAAUUGGAGCAACAACUGCGCGCCAAGGAGGCAGCAAAAGGAAACCAUUUUGCCUUGAUCAUGGACGCCCUGGAUCCAAGCGUGCAGGCCAUUCUGGCCAGGGCUGAUGCUCGAAAGCAAGAGCUCCGGGCAAACAGCUCCGUUUAUGUCGCAACAUCUGAAACGACGGGAGUUGAAGAGAAAUCGACAAGCAGCCCAGUUGCCACCCACAUCAAGGCACGAUUCGCGGCACUAGAAGAGCAGAAUAAUGCUUUCGAAUAUACCGAGCCAAAGCGAGCUACUAAAGAGAACACUCCUUCUCCUCGAAAGAGCAUGUCUAACCUCACCAAUGUUGAUUUAUUCUCUCCGAAGGCCGGAUCACCAAGGAAAAGCGUCGACUUUGCGAAAAAUCAGCCUACUCGCAAAUCGUUUGGUCACUCCGAAACGACGGUCGAUGAAAAUAAUAAGACCACGGCUGGCAUGCACCUAUUUUUGGUCGAUCGCAAGUCAAUCGGUGGCCUACGCACACCUCCUGUAAGACAUCUGCAUGAAGAAUCGACGAUGACAAUUCUGGCUGGAAACCAAACAACAAUGAACCAAUCCACCCAUUCCCCGCCAGAAAUGUCACCGGAUUUUAGACCACUCCGGACCUCCUCGCCUAUUCGUGAGCCGGCUCAGGCUCCGAAAAGCUUCCUGAAUUCGUGCCUAAAAUCAGCGGCUGAGCCAAAGCCUAUGGCAAAGACGGCAGUUUUCGAAGCGAACAAGCCUCGCAUUGCCACAUACCAUACCCAAUGGAGAGGAGCAGCGGAAACUCCAGUAGCGAAAGGACAGGAAGCUGGUACUCCUGAAAAGCCCAUCCCCUCUGCUAAUCUACAGAAUCUACGACAGCGCUGGGAGUUUGCUACAAAAUGCGGAACCCCUCUGCAUCCGGAAAAUAGCGAAAACGAUCUGCUGAAGGCUGCCAAGCACCUGGCCGAAACUUGCAUCCCGGCGAAGAAAUUUGUCUCUAGGCUGCCACAUCUCCAGAAAUUCAACCAGCCUGGGCUACAGCCGGUGAAACCGAUUUUGAAACAUUCUUCCCCGAAGACAUCUCGUGAGCCGACGGUUUCGAUGGUAGUCGAAGAAGGGCUCGAAAAGGAAGCCGAUUUCAUCCCUGAGAAAGAAGGCGAAGUCUUUGAAGAGACCGAUCUUGAAUCUACGAUGCCAUCAGAUGACGAAGAGACCCCCGGAGUGCAUGCUCUUGAGGAGCUUUACAAGGAUGAGCUCGGCCAGCUGUCGCCAUUGAAGCCAGCUUCUCCACCAAAGGCUGCUGACGAGACACUGACACCAGUCCGCGAGGAAGCCAAACCUUCCCCGAUCAGGACUUUCAUCCAGCAGAAGCCUGUCGAGCCAAUUUUCAACGCUCCUCUUCCACCUGAGAACCCGCCAGACUCGGGCCUCGUGCACUCGGUUUCUUUCUAUCGUCGCACCAAAGCGGCCCCGCGAUGCGACGAGAAAGUCGAAAAGGUCAUCUUCGCCGGCGCCGAACACAACGAAUUUGAACACAGCCCGUUCCAGUCGGUCCCAAACUCUGUCCGCCAGGAAAUUGCUGCUGAAACGCGUGUGCUCGAGGAGAGACUUGCCGUGCAGACCGAACAGAUUCAACAGGCCAUUCGGGCUUUGGAGUUUUGCAGGACGACACCAGAAUUUGCCGGAAGUCGUGAAGAGGUAGACGCACAGCGCGCUUUGCUGGUUGCAACUGAAACCAAACGUGCUUGUAUUGCCGAACUUCGCCGACUAGAGGACCCAGCCUCGGUUCGUCAAACCGAAGGUAUCCGGGGUGAAAUCCGGCUUGCCAAUGUUGCAAUCCCACUAUCACGGGAAUUCAUUAGCGGACUGCAGGCCUACAGCGCUGAAAUUGACAUCAUGUACUACUUCACCCUGAUCGUCCGCUGCGGUUCCGAAGUAAUGAAGAGUGAAAUCGUCUCCUCCGAGGAUGCGCUUUACUCGAACGGUUGCAUCACAUUCCCAAACACCUGGACAUUCAAAAACCUGCGCCCUGAUUUCAACUGUAUCAUCGAGGUGUUUGCAUUGCGAUCCCGUAAGGAGAAUCUGUCCCAUGAGGAGAAGUACCGUAUCAAGGGAGGAACUUUCCGUGGAGCACUCUAUCCGAAGGUCCGAUCCCCAGCACCAUCUACGAGCCGAGGACACGCCAAGCAGAUUGAGAGCGGCUUCCAGCACGUUGGCGGGCUGGAGCUCCGAAUCAACACGCCUGAACAACCGAAAUACCGGUUGGGCGAUGCUCAACAUCCACUGCAAGGCGAAAUCCAGUUGCGAUUGAAAAAAUGUUCGGUUGGGAAGGGCAGCGUUUCCCAUCGUGCUUUCCUCUCCCUCCAUCAGAAAUCGCAAGGACUCGCCGCUUGGUCCAGAUAUUGGUGCACCCUGGAAAAUGGUGAGAUGAAAUUCUGGCGUAACCCAGAGGACGAGCUUGGCAAGAAUUGCGCAGCCAUGAUCGAUUUGACGACGUGCAGCACGGAAGGUGCGGUUGCUGAACCUCAUGGCAACUACCCACACUCCUUCCAUCUUGAUGUCUGGGUGCCAAAGGAAAAGUCGGAGCGCGAAAUGGAGAAAUUGAGGAUAUUGAUGGCAGCUGAUCACAAGGAAGGAUUGGCGCAGUGGAUUGAUACCCUCAACAAGGCCAUCAAGAAUCUUCUGAUGUGGAACACGACACAUCGA